AUGAAUAAUACAAUGAAUGGAAUGCAAAGUCAAAAUACAAAUGGUAUGACUAAUCAAAAUGGAAACACUGGCACGAGCAAUUUACAAGGUGGUGGAAUUCAACAACAACAACGUCCUCAACAACAACCAAAUAUCCAAAAUAUACCUCCACAACAAUUAGCACAAUUAGUUCAAGCUAUGAAAAGUGAUUUUGAAACUGCAAAAAAUGCUACUGAUGAUCAAGUUAGACAACAUCAUUUGACUCGAGCAGAAAAUAUACGAAGGUUGUUGGCUAGAUAUCAAGCCCAAAAAACUAGGAUGCAACAACAACAACAACAGCAGCAGCAACAACAAGUUCCACUUCAACAAAUACAACAACAAUACGGUCAAAAUACUCAACUGCCAAAAAUUCAACCACACCCACCAGCUCAAAAUCAAUCACAUGCUUUAUCACAACAAAAUUUAAACAACAAUAAUGCAAUAAACAACUUUAAUCAAAAUCAUCAAGGAACUCCUGUCAUGAAUCAUAGUGCAAUUUCAUCACCAGCCCUUAAUUCUGGAAAUAUUCCAAAUGCAACGCCAUUGAAAACUCAACAACAGCAACAACAACUACAGCAAAAUCGACCAUCUUUAACCAAGCAACAAUUAGAAGAACAAGGUAAACAGAAGUUACAACAACAAAUGAGAAAUGAUGGGCUGGAUCUACAAAACUCAAGUAAGCAACAGAAUAGUCAAAAUACAAAUCAAUAUAGUAGCUUAUUAAGAAGUAUGAGUUCAAGUACGUCAAGUGGAGCUGGUAGUGGUACCGCAGGUGGAAUCAAUAUUCCAUCAAAUACAAUUUCAAUGGAAAGAUUUAAUCAAAUUAGACAAAAACUAACUGAAGUUCAACGUAAGAUACAACUUUUGGAACAAAGUAAACAAGCAGGUAAUGCAACACAAGAACAAAUUUCAAUCAUUGAUAGAGAAUUAGUUGAAUAUAGAACCAAGUUUCAACAAUUUCAAAAAAUUGGAAUAUAUAUGAGAAACCAAUUAGUUCAACAAGCUAAACAGCAACAGCAACAACAACAGCAACAAUUAGGCAAACAAUCUCAAAAUCAAACACAAGCACACUCCUCUCCUGCAAUGCCUAAUGGUCAAACACCACAAGUAAAUCAACAAAAGCAGUUCUCCCCUCAACUUACACAACAACAGAAUCAACAUCAACAGCAAUUUCAACAACAGCAGCAACAACAACACAACCAAAUGCAACAACAACAACAACAGCAGCAAAAUCACCAGCAACAACAAAACCAGCAACAACAUCAACAACAACAGCAUCAGCAACAAAUUCAACAACGUCAACAACAAUUACAACAGCAACAAUUGCUUGCUCAACAUCAACGUAAUAUAGCUAAUGGUCAACAAAUGGUACCUAAUCAGAUACAAGCUCCAGACAUGAAUUCAGUAGGGAUUAGACAAACUCCUCAAAAUAAUUCAAAACCAAUACCUCAAGGUAUGACAGCUCAAGCACCUACACCUGCAUUCCCAACUUCGCAACCUACUCCAGCACAAACUCAUACAAUAAUGCCAAGCCGGCAAACUUCUGCUACUCCACAAGCUUCAUUUCCACAACAACAACCACCACCACCACAACCACCACAACCACAAGUUAGUAGGCAAGGUUCAGCCUCAUCUGAUAAAAAAUCUGUAGGAUUAGCAUCAAAUGCAACCAAUGCUGGUAUCCCUAAUGGUACUAAAUCAGGAACACCGGGUGUUGAUCGUCAAAUCCCACCAAGAUCAAAAUCAUCAAUGGCAUUAAAUUUAGCAGGUAUCACAAAAUCAAGUGUUCCAUCAAUCCCUAUAUCGAGUUCAGUCAAUAUAAAACCACCAACAAUGGUUACUUUCAAUUCUUUAACAAAUACUAGACCAACAUUAACUGGAGGAGCUGCUAAUUCAUUGAGUAUACUUUUAGAUACACCAGCAAUUACAAAAUUACCAACUUUUGAUUUAGAAGGUGGUAAAUCCACAAUAGAUUCAGGUAGAAUAUUAAACAAAAGGAAAUUACAAGAUAUAAUAAGUACAGUUGGAGUUGAUGAAGGAGAUGGUAAAACUACAAUAGAUGGAAAUGUAGAAGAAGUAUUACUUGAUUUAGCAGAUGAAUUUAUUUAUUCAGUUACAAGUUUUGCUUGUAGAUUAGCUAAACAUAGAAAAGUUGAUAGUAUUGACGCAAAGGAUAUUCAAUUACAUUUAGAAAAAAAUUGGAAUAUUAAAAUUCCGGGUUAUGCAAUGGAUGAAAUCAGAAGUACAAGAAAAUUUCAACCAAGUGUUAGUUAUAAUCAAAAAGUUUCUGGUGUUGAAAUUUCAAAAGCUGUUAAUGGUGAUAUUUAG